AUGGAGCAGCGGAGCGUGGAGGUGUUAAGGUUAACUACCGGAGAAACCGCCGCCCUGGUGACAGGGGUUAACCUGAUCCGUAGGGAAAAAGGCAACAACUAUAUCAUUUACAAGGACCCAAGGAACUCCGAGGAACCGUACAAGGCUUGCCGCAACAUCUGCAAGCAUCAAGGUGGAACGUUUGUGAAAGAUGUGGAGGAUUCAACUAGUGGUACUCUGCGAUGCACCAAGCACGGCUGGAAGCUGGACCCUUCUACUAUGAAAUACGUCAACCCACCGGACAGCUUCAUUCAGGAGAAGUUAGUUCCGGAGGUAGAUGAGGAUGGGAGGUUAUCCUUGGUGGAGCUGAGCCCGCCCGAACCUUGGGACAACGACGCGAGGCCUCCUCAGACUGUACAACCCGGGGAAGUGCAGUUGACGUUUUUCGCGCAUGCGUGUAUGGAGCUGAAGCUGGGAGACAAGACGAUGUUUUUCGACCCAUGGCUGACCGGACCCGCCUUCGCCAGGGGGUGGUGGCUUCUGCACGAACCGCCCGCUGAUUGGCUGGAGAGGCUGUCACGUGCUGACCUCAUUUACAUCAGUCACGUCCACUCGGACCAUCUCAGCUACCCGACUCUAGCACUGCUGUCGGAAAGGAACCCAAACAUCCCGAUCUAUGUUGGAGACACGGCUAUGCCGGUCUUCUGUAAGCUGCAGCAGAGCGGGGUCAAAAUGAACAACAUCCACGUCUGCAGUUUUGGUGUGUGGCAAGAGAUUAAUGCUGACCUCCGUUUUAUGAUCCUGAUGGACGGAGUACAUCCUGACAUGGACACCUGCAUCCUGGUGGACUACAAGGGCCACCUAAUCCUGAACACCGUGGACUGCACACAGCCCAAUGGCGGACGGCUGCCAAAGAAUGUGGACAUCAUGAUGAGUGACUUCGCGGGGGGUGCAUCCGGGUUCCCUAUGACCUUCAGUGGAGGACGUUACACGGAUGAAUGGAAGGCAAAGUUCAUCGCCACGGAGCGGAAAAAGCUGCUGUACUAUAAGACACAAGUAGUGCGUGACGUCAACCCCAAAGUCUACUGUCCUUUCGCUGGCUACUUCGUGGAGGCGUACCCUGGCGACAGGUACAUCCGUGACACCAACACGAAGAACAGCGGGGAGCAGCUCAACUCUCUCAUCAACAGGUAUUCCGACCACAUCAUCACCUGGACACCACAACCUGGCGCCAUUCUGGACCUGGCACUUAUUCUGGAUGACACAGUGGAUCGCAGACUUGCAAUAGUGGAUCCUCCUCUGGGAACUAAGAUCUUCAAAGACAGCUGGGAUUUCGACUUCUACAUUGACAAGAUCAAUGAGAGCAUAGGAAGCGAGAUUUUCGCCUACCCAGACUGGAUCCGGUUCUACUACGAGUGGGCGGGGUUCAGAGACUACAACCUGGUCCUGCGGAUGAUAGAAACAGAUGAAGACUUCCAUCCUAUCGAGGGAGGGUACGACUUUCUGGUGGAUUUUCAAGAUCUGAGCUUCCCUGAACAGCGACCAAACCGGGAGCAUGCGUACUUGGAGAUUAAGAAUCGGAUCGGAGUCCACCGCCAGACAGUUCUGAAGGGGCUGUUUUGGGACGACUUGUACAUCGGCUUUCAGAACAGGAUAUCACGUGACCCAGACAAUUUCCACUUCAAGUUCUGGAACCACAUGCAGAUCCUCCUGCCACAGCGGCCUCCUGAUUGGUCAGGCUUCCUGCGAAAACAGCGCGGGAAACCUACGCGGGCGGUCUGGAAACCGGCGGACAAGAGCAACUCCGUUGCUUUACUGGAUAUGCUGUUCAAGGCUAAGGCCCUUCUCGUUCCCGGGAUCAUAGCAUCGCUGGCGACAGUUGUCUACAUGUACUUCGCCCUGACAAUCAACCGUUGA